AACUCCCCACCUUAAACCCCACACACACCAAAACCCUAAUCCCCUAAUUUCCCCGCCGCCGCCGCCGCCUCCGCCAUGGGCUCCGCCUCCGCCUCCGCCAUGGGCUCCGCCUCCGCCUCCGCCUCGUCGCUCCCGGCCUCCGCCGGCGCCGGCGAGAACCUGGUCCUCAUCCUCGACUUCGGCUCUCAGUACACCCACCUCAUCACCCGCCGCGUCCGCCAGCUGGGGGUCCUCUCUCUGUGCGUCUCCGGCACGGCGCCGCUAGCCUCGCUCGCGGGCCUCCGCCCCCGCGCCGUCGUCCUCUCGGGGGGCCCGCACUCCGUCCACGCCCCGGGCGCGCCCACGUUCCCCGAGGGGUUCCUCGAGUUCGCCGCCGGCGCGGGCGCCCACGUCCUCGGCGUCUGCUACGGGAUGCAGCUCCUCGUGCAGUCCCUCGGCGGCGCCGUCGAGGCCUGCGAGAAGCAGGAGUACGGGAAGAUGGAGGUGGAGGUGACCGCUCGUUCCUCGGCGCUGUACGGGGAGGGGGAGGUCGGGAAGCGCCAGACGGUGUGGAUGAGCCACGGGGAUGAGGUGGUGAGGCUGCCGGAGGGGUUCGAGGUGGUGGCGCGCAGCGUGCAGGGCGCCGUUGCUGCCGUUGAGAACCGUGAGAAGCGGUUUUACGGUCUUCAGUAUCACCCCGAGGUGACGCAUUCACCGCAAGGAAUGGAAACACUGCGGCGCUUCCUUUUUGAUGUUUGUGGGAUAAAAGCCGAUUGGAAGAUGCAAGAUGUGCUGGAUGAAGAAAUUAGGACAAUCCAAAGCAUGGUUGGGCCUGAUGAACAUGUGAUUUGUGCUUUAUCUGGUGGAGUUGAUUCAACUGUUGCUGCCACUCUGGUUCACACUGCAAUAGGGGAUAGGCUUCACUGUGUUUUUGUUGACAAUGGCCUAUUGAGAUACAAUGAGAGGGAACGAGUAAUGUCUACCUUUGAAAGUGACUUGCACCUUCCAGUCACAUGUAUUGAUGCCUCUGAGCAAUUUCUUAGCAACCUAAAGGGUGUGAAAGACCCAGAGAUGAAAAGAAAGAUAAUUGGCAGGGAAUUCAUAGUGGUCUUUGAUGAUUUUGCUCACAAGUUAGAACAGAAGAUAGGAAAAAGACCAGGAUAUUUAGUUCAAGGGACACUGUACCCUGACGUGAUUGAAUCAUGCCCUCCUCCUGGUAGCGGAAGAACCCAUUCUCACACCAUCAAAAGCCAUCACAAUGUUGGUGGUCUUCCAAAAGACAUGAAGUUAAAGCUAAUUGAACCGCUGAAGCUCUUAUUUAAGGAUGAGGUACGGAAGUUGGGGAGUAUUUUGAAUGUUCCAGAGUCAUUCUUGAAGCGACACCCAUUUCCUGGGCCUGGUCUUGCUGUACGUGUCCUAGGCGAUGUUACCGAAGGCAAUGCUUUGGAGGUUCUUCGUCAGGUUGAUGAAAUAUUUGUUCAAGCCAUUAAAGAUGCAGGUCUCUAUGAUAUAAUUUGGCAAGCAUUUGCUGUAUUUUUGCCUGUACAAACAGUUGGAGUUCAGGGUGACCAGAGAACUCACUCUCAUGCAGUUGCUUUGAGGGCAAUUACUAGUGAGGAUGGCAUGACUGCAGAUUGGUAUUAUUUUGAGCGGGAAUUCCUGGUAGAUGUGGUCAACAAGAUCUGCAACAAUGUGAGAGGUGUUAACCGUGUUGUCCAGGACAUCACGCAAAAGCCACCUGCGACAGUGGAGUGGGAAUAGGAACUCCACGUUCUGAAUUCUGAUGCCGUGAAGUGGCCUUCUUUUAUGCUGCAAUGGUGGAGUGGGAACAACAACUUGUUCCCAGUUUGAUACAUAGAACUGUUUACUAGAUUAUUGUUUACGUUAGACAAAUCCCUUUUGUCAACAUGUCAUAGUAAAGCUUUAAACGGCACUUAUAACUAUGCUUUCUAUUC